UAUAAAGCGCGGUCACCUCUCCCUCGCUCACUCUCAGCCUCAGCACCAGUGAAGCAGCAUCGUCAGACGUGUCCUCUCCUGGUCCAGCAACUGCAGUCAUGAAUGUGUGUGUCUGUGUGUGUGUUCUCCUGGCUGCUCUGUCCAGUGGCUCCCUGAGUCUGCGCUCACACGCCGAGCUCCAGGGUGCCGCUCUGGUGUCGGACAUCGCUCCGCCUCCCUCAUCCAGCCGCUCUCGUCAGGCGCGCUCGGCUCCAGCACCUCCCUAUGGGCGCCUCACCAGCUACAACCAGCCCCAGGAGGACGCAGAUGCUCCACACAGCCUGAGCCAGCUACUGGCCAGACUGAUCUCCAGGAAGAGCUCUCCAUACCAGACUAGAUCAUCCAUCAGCAGCAGGUCCAGUGGUCUGGCCCCCGGCCACAGGAUAAAGGACAGAGAUUACCUCGGCUGGAUGGACUUUGGGCGACGCAGCGCAGAGGAGUAUGAAUACUCCUCCUAAAGGCUGUGUGACACACAACACUACCAUUAAAAGCCCACAAAAUGAGCCUUUUUCACACUGCACUUACUGUGACCCAGGGCCGACGCCACAGGAUCCCAGAGGGAGUUUAACACCACGCUGUAGCAGAGCACAAUGGCACAACUGGCAAUCAGUAAACGAAGUGAUGCUGAACUGAGGAGCACAAUCCACACGUUGGCACCACAUCUCAGUAGCACUGAGUCACUGACUCACUAACCCAACCCAAGAGGUUGUAGUUGUUCACAUCUGGUUCUUAAAAGCUUGAUACUAAUAUACUCAAGUAAAAAGUAGAUGAUGCAUAUUUCCACUAAUAGAGACAGAAUAUGUGGGUUUCACUCAAUCAUGAAGGUCAUUAUUUUGUUUUAAUCAUUUUAUGGCAUUCUUGACAAGCACAAGAUGAUCUCAGCAUUUUGCCUUUAUGUUUGGAUUUAUGUUUUAUCUAGUCACGUUGUAAAAAUGAAAAUUAGCGGAACAUUUGUAAAGUAAAAGUUAUCAGUGUGCAAAAACCAUUAAUUAAUGUAAAAACAUCUAAUUUUAGCGACACUUUCAAACAUGUCUGUGGCCUUGUAUUAAAGCUCAACGUGCUGAAUCAAAAAUGGGGUUAAAUUUUAAACAGUACAGUAAAUAAAGACCAAAUCCAUAUUAUCAAAUGUGCAACUAAAACAACUACAGAUGCAAUAAUAAAAUGUAGCACAGGUUAACGGUGGGAGCAGCUAACAUCCCAACCCUGCUGAGCGAAACUCUGGGCUCAAAAUGUGCAGUGUGAAAAGCACAAGACAUGUUUUACAAAGCACAAAGUGUUGUGUGUGCGCGUGCGCUGACUGGGCCUCCUACCGCUACAGCUUGGACUUCACAUAAAAUGGAUGUCUGCCACAUCAUCAAAUCAUAAUUACAAGUGCUGUUCAUAUGACUAGGAAAGUGUUUCUGUUGUUUUUUGUAUGUACACACUCUUAAACGUUAAUUAAAGGUUAAUUAUCAUGUUU